GGUAACGUCAGGUAGGUGCUUUGCGUCGGAAUGUACCAUUUCGCUAACACACCGGGAAGGAUUUUGUUGUGACAGCGGAGUCACAACCCGGUGGGGGGAAACGGUCAUAACAUAGGUUUUUUCAUCUUGGAUCAACAAUGGCCUUCAGCAAAGGAUAUCGCAUUUACCACAAGCUGGACCCACCUCCCUACAGUGUCAUAGUGGAAACUAGGACCAGGGAAGAAUGCCUCAUGUUUGAAUCAGGGGCUGUUGCUGUUCUGUCGGCAGCAGAGAAAGAGGCCAUAAAAAACACAUACAGCAAGAUUGUUGAUGCCUAUGGAAUCCUGGGUGUCCUCCGCUUAAACCUGGGUGACUCCAUGCUCCACAGUCUGGUGGUUGUGACAGGAUGCAGCUCUGUGGGAAAGGUGCAGGAUUCUGAGGUUUUCAGGGUCACACAGACAGACUUUAUAUCACUGAAGAAUGAUCCAGGAGAUGAGGACCGGAUCGCUGAGGUGCGAAAGGUCCUAAACUCAGGACACUUUUACUUUGCCUGGUCUGCAACCGGAGUCAGCAUGGACUUGAGUCUCAAUGCACGUCGCAGGAUUCUUGAAGACACUACAGAUAACCGCUUCUUUUGGAACCAAUCUCUGCACCUGCACCUGAAACAUUAUGGAGUAAACUGUGAUGACUGGCUGUUGAGGCUGAUGUGUGGUGGCGUGGAGAUCAGGACGAUCUACGCAGGUCACAAACAGGCCAAGGCCUGCAUCUUCUCUCGCCUCAGCUCAGAGCGAGCGGGGACACGAUUCAAUGUCCGAGGAACGAAUGAUGAUGGACAAGUGGCCAACUUUGUGGAGACUGAACAGGUUAUUUUCCUGGAUGACAGAGUCUCAUCCUUCAUACAGAUCCGUGGGUCCAUUCCUCUUUUCUGGGAACAGCCAGGAAUCCAGGUUGGCUCUCAUCGUGUCAAACUCUCAAGGGGAUUUGAGGCAAAUGCGCCAGCAUUCGAAAGACACUUCACUGCACUGCGGAGGUUGUAUGGUAAACAGGUGAUCAUCAACCUGCUUGGGAGUAAAGAAGGAGAACACAUGCUCAGCAAAGCAUUUCAGAGUCAUCUGAAGGCAUCAGAGCACGCAACAGCAGUGAAAAUGGUGAACUUUGACUACCACCAAAAUGUGAAGGGAGGCAAGGCAGACAAACUUAACAGCAUCCUCAAACCCCAGCUCAAUAAAUUCACAGAUGAGUGUGGGUUCUUCUACUACUCGGGAGAGACGGGCAUCGCAAGGACUCAGGGUGGGACCAUCAGGACCAACUGCCUGGACUGUCUGGACAGAACCAACAGUGUACAGGCCUUUUUUGCCCUUGAGAUGCUGCCAAAACAACUAGAGCAAAUGAGUCUGACAGAGAAACCCCAGCUGGUUGCAAGGUUCCAAGAGGUUUUUAGGACCAUGUGGUCUGCCAACGGAGACUCCGUCAGUAAGAUCUACGCAGGCACUGGUGCCCUGGAUGGCAAGGCCAAGGCGGGGAAGCUAAAAGACGGAGCUCGAUCAGUGACGAGGACGAUCCAGAACAACUUCUUUGACAGUUCUAAGCAGGAGGCUAUCGACAUCCUGAGGCUGGGCUCCACACUCAACAGUGAUUUGGCGGACAAAGCUCGGGCCUUGCUCACUACUUCAAGUCUUUAUGUCACUGAGCCCGUCUUACAAUCAGCCUCCCCAAGAGUAUUGCUGGGAAUGUGUCAGAACUACCAUAAAUACACGAGGCCCAAGCAGAUCCGGGUGUGUGUCGGCACCUGGAAUGUCAACGGGGGUAAACAGUUUCGCAGCAUUGCUUUCCGCAACCAGACACUCAACGACUGGCUGUUGGAUGCUCCAAAGAAGGCAGGACAUCCUGAGUUCCAGGACACCAAAGCCAACCCUAUAGAUAUCUUUGCCAUCGGUUUUGAGGAAAUGGUUGAACUGAAUGCUGGCAACAUCGUCAGUGCCAGCACCACUAACCAGAAACUGUGGGCAGCUGAGCUCCAAAAAAACAUCUCCCGGGACCACAAGUAUGUACUGCUUGCUUCAGAGCAGCUGGUGGGAGUUUGUCUGUUUGUUUUCAUCCGCCCACAGCAUGCACCUUUCAUCAGGGAUGUAGCUGUAGAUACUGUAAAAACCGGAAUGGGUGGGGCCACAGGCAAUAAAGGUGGUGUGGCCAUCCGCCUGCUGUUCCACACCACCAGCAUCUGCUUCGUCUGCUCCCACUUCGCUGCUGGCCAAUCACAAGUCAAGGAGAGGAAUGAUGACUACAGUGAGAUCACACGCAGACUCAGCUUCCCCAUGGGUCGUCUGCUAUACUCACACGAUUAUGUGUUCUGGUGUGGAGACUUUAACUAUCGUAUCAGCCUGCCCAAUGAGGAAGUAAAAGAACUCAUCAAACAGCAGAGCUGGGAUGCCUUGACAGCUGGGGACCAACUGUUGGACCAGAAGAAUGCUGGUUUGGUCUUCCGAGGUUUCAUUGAGGGAAAGUUAGAUUUUGCUCCCACCUACAAGUAUGACCUCUUCUCAGAAGAUUAUGACACCAGUGAGAAAUGCCGCACACCAGCCUGGACUGACCGCAUACUCUGGAAGAGGAGGAAGUGGAACUUUGACAAAACAGCUGAGGAGAUGAAUGUAGUAGGUGCAGCUUCUACAUCUGUAGAGAGUGAGGAUGAUCCAGACUACCCUUGGAGCCCCGGCACUUUGAAGUACUAUGGCAGGGCUGAGCUUAAGACCUCAGACCACAGGCCUGUGGUGGCAAUAAUGGAUGUGGACAUUCUGGAGGUCGACCCAGAAGCUCGGCACCAGGUCUACAAAGACGUCAUCGCCCUGCAGGGGCCUCCUGAUGGCACCAUCCUGGUGUCACUCUGCACCUCCGGCCCUGAUGACUACUUUGAUGAUGCACUCAUAGAUGAACUGCUGGACAAAUUUGCUAAUUUUGGAGAGGUCAUCCUCAUCAGGUUUGUUGAGGAGAAAAUGUGGGUAACCUUCCUAGAAGGUUACUCUGCUCUUGCUGCUCUGUCUCUCAGUGCUUCUACUGUCCUUGGCAAGGUGAUUGAUAUCCGCCUGAAGAGUCCAGGCUGGAUCAAGAGUCUUGAGGAGGAGAUGAGUGUGGAGAGGAUCUGUGGAAGCAUCCCCACCUCAGCCAGCUCCACUCUGCUUGCUGAGGACACAGACAUGGGUGACGACGAUUACGAUAUGGAAGGUGAUGUGGACGACGAGGUGGAGGAGAUCCUUCCCCAGCACCUACAGCCUGGAGCAGGCACUGGCCCUGGAUCCUCUCCUCUGCCCUCCCCCCGCAGUAGCCCCUGUCCCUCCCCCACCCACGGAGAACCUUCAGCCCCCAGCAGGCCUAGUCGUGGAUCACAUCCUUCCCGACCAUCACAAGGGCCUCCUGUUGAUUUCCAGCCUGGUGCCCCUACAUCUCAAAGCCUGGAGCCCAAACGCCCGCCUCCCCCUCGUCCCAAUGCCCCGCCAGCCAGACCAGCACCCCCUCAACGUCCACCACCACCAUCAGGAGGCAUGAGCCCUCUGCCUGUUAGAAAGGACUCUGCAGGACCAAAAAGCCCUGCUCUUCCCCGGUCAGAUGCUGCCGCAGGUCGAGGCCAGGCAGCAGCGGGAGCUCCUGGACCUGGAGGUGCUCCUAGACCGAAUGUCCCUCCUCGAGCCGGGGUGAUCAGUAUGCCCCCACAGUCUCGCCCACUGCCUCCUUCUCACCCUGGAGCACCUAGACCUAUCCCAGAAGUGCAUCCCGGGGCCCCGCGGCCCAUCCCAGACACCCAUCCUGGAGCCCCACGACCUGUGCCCAGUGCCCCGACUAAACCCACUGACCUGCCUCUAGGACCACCUCCUAUGGCGCCCCCUGCAGUGAGACCCCAGGCUCCAUCAUCGAUGCAGCCGCCCAUGCAGCCCCAACAUGCUGCUCCCUCAGUUCAGUCCCAACUCCCACCACCAAUGCAGCCCACGCUUCCAGCUCCUCUCCUGCCACAGCAAGCCCCUGCUCCUAAAGCAGGGCCUCCUCCUGGUGCUGCUGCUGCAGCUGCCCCCCCUGCUGGGCCUCAACAGGGUUUAGCCUCUCCUAAACCCCCACCACGUUCCCGCUCCUCUCACGCUCUGCCGCCCGAUGCUGCCAAGUCUGAGACAGCUCCAGCUGCACAGACAAAUGGACUGAAUGGAAUCCAAAGAGAAGCACAAUGGCAGCCUGACCCCUUCAACACACUUGCACCUGAUUUCCUCUCCUCUUCCUCCACCUGGCACACCACCCAGUCCCUGACCAGAGGCUCCUCUCUGCGUGCCCCCCCCUCCGUUCCUCCGUCUACGUUUUCCUCCAGCACUCUCCCUCCAUCCUUCUCCCUCCAGUCCUCCGUUCUGUCAGACCUGCAAGCACUCGGUUCAUCCUCCUCUUCCUCACUCUCCACCCCGUCACCGUUCGCCUCCUCCCUGCUCCCGCCUCCUCCGGUCCCCUCUCGUAGUCGCUCGCAGGAGACACUGCGUGCCUCCCCUGGCCUGUUCCCAACCGACCCGCUCCCUGCCCGACCCAGCAGCACCAACCCCUUCACCGGCCCACUCGCGCAGCAGCAUCAGCAGCGCCGCGCGCUCACCCCGGACUUGAGCACCCAGCGUCCCAGCCCGACGGCAAACCUUCAGAGGACAAUGUCUGCUCUUACUCAGCCACUCAUCCCCACCCCUGCUCCAACAGCGGUCCCUGCAGCUGCACCCGCCACCCAGCUCCAAAGGACCACGUCCCUGUUUGGACCAUCAUCUACUCUCAAUCCUACACUUGCUCCUCUGCUCCCCUUCGCCUCUGACCCAUCUCCUGCUCCUGCCUUGCCUCUGGCCCCUCCCUCCUCCAUUCCACCUACCCUUGUACCUCGCAGUCAGCCACCUCCCCCAGGAGGGAGACCAACCCAGCAGUGGGUCACUUUUGAUGAUGAUUUGGAUUUUCCACCUACGUCCAAAACACCACAGACCCCUCACAGUUCCCUAAUGCCCCAAACUCAGACUCAGCCUUCCCGCUCUGUGUUUGACUCAGAGCCCAACUGGUUAUCCACAACCCCUUCAGUAUUCCCCACCCUCCCUCCUCCCAUUCCAACCAGAACUGCAACCAGUAACCCCAAACUACCAGAGGGACCCAGUGACAGCUGCUUCUUCCCCAGGGAGUCAACAGAAAGAUAGGACCACCAUUAAUAUGUAAAGGGCAUAUCCAGAUAUGUAUAGAUCUAUGACAAAUGUGUAUAUGUGUUUGUGUAUGUACAAAAGAGACAGUAUUUAAGAAGUAUAGACCAAUCCCCUUCUGAAUCACAGGAAAGGAUUUAUAUCUGGAGCAGUAACAUGAGAAGUGUAUGAGCCUAAGUGUGUGUUCUAACUUUACCACAGAGAUAUUUGCUUGUUUCCUGAUAUUAACAUUUAUUUUAAUAUAAAUUGUUCUGAUGUUUAUUUUUAUUUAUGGCGGCAAACGUGCCUGUGUCUACAGUAUAUACAAUUAUACAAAGUAUAUCUAUACCUACGAAUCAUGUGUGUGUAAGCACCUGUGCAAUUUCAAGACAUGUCUGUGUGGCCGUGCAGCACACUGCAUGCGCCUGCAAGGUUUCACCUUCAUCGGUGUUACCUUUGCAUUUGCUAACACACUGUGGUUCAUAUCCCUCAUUUUGACUGAUCUGUACAUUAGAGCGGGAUCCUCAGAGUAGUUGGUAAUCUUCUAUUUUCUCGGGUUCGUCACGUGGUAGAAGGCUAUGCACUGCAGGUUUUACAUUUGCCCCCCAAAUUUGCUGCUGUAAACAGCAAUUAGAGAGUGCUUUGACUUGCAAAGAGUUUAUUGUAAGUUUUUUUUUCUUGUUAGUUUUGGUUUGAGGGGUGCAAAGUCAAAAGUCAUAUUGUGUGCUUGUUUUUACCAUGAAUGUACUUUAUUUUGCACUGGGUUUUGUCAUUGCCUCCUUGCUGACACCACAGUGUGAACAACAGCAGCAUGAGUCAGUGUCAUAGUCGGUCAAACUGUUCACUGCCGCAGGACUGACACUCUGUAAUAUCAUCUCAUCCACUGAAUAGUAAGACAUUUUGUUCUCUAUCCACUCUGUCAUUAUUCUCUCCUCUAUGGGCCGUCAAUGCUUAGCUGAAUAUAUUUUGUAGCUCUAUAUCAAAACCUAUACAUAGUGAUUAUGUAUAAAUGUAUGUUUUCAAUAUUGAAAACUUCUGGCUUUAUGUGUGUGUUUGUGAUAACCGUAACAGUGGUUUGCACAAUGUAACUGAUAUGCACUGAAAAUGCUGUGUGUGCUCUCUUGGUUGUAUUCUUGUUGAUGGCAGAGCGACAAAAACGAGAGCCUGCGGACUGAACAGAUGAGAAGGCGUUUUGACCUUUCCACCUCCGUAGUGUUUUGAUCCUUCUUGAUUUAUCCAAAGCUUCAAACCAUACUAUUGUAAAUUCAUGAGAGUGUGUGUGUGUGUGUGUGUGUAUAUAUGCUUCUGUUACUCUUAAGUACGAAGAUGUGGUUUGAGUCUCUUAUGCAUGGCAUCAAACACAUGCCAUGCAUAAUAAUAAGAGGGCACAUUUUUUUCUUACUUCCACUUUUGUUUAUUGCAAAAGUCAUGCUUUUAAUUCCUAAGAACAUUUACUCUAAAUAAUCUGUUGUUGAUACCGUGGUGAGAAGUAAUGUGUCGUAUUUGAGGUGCAUAUCGCCUGUUGUUGUGUUUGACAGUGUUUGUGUUUGGAUGUGAGUGUGUAUGCAGAGUUAACAGUGGGAUAGCAGAGCUUUUCCCCUUGGAGUACAUACAGUGUGUUUGCUCUCAGGUUCUGAACUAACAGCCACUGUAUUCACUCACUCGUGGCGGUUACUGUAUUUCUGCACUUCAACCAUGGCCACUGUAUGCGAAAAUGUAAACUAUACAACACAAAGGACCCCCCCUCCUCCCCCCUACACACACACACACACACACACACACACACACACACACACACACA